AUGCAAUCAUAGACUAAAUUAAAGAAUCUAUAAAAAUUAUUUACUAAAACUGCAUACUCUGAUAGAUUUUUAGCAGAAGUAAAUAUUUUCUGUUUUAUUGUAGACUCGUAAAUAAAUUUUAAUUCAUCACUUAAUUUUCUUGCUCUUUUUAUUGCCAAAUAGGUGUCUGGUUCAUUUUAAAAGUAUACUGCACUCAAUUACUAAUCUCAAUUUUUUGAAAAAAACCUAAAAACUCAUGUAAACGUUAACAAAAACCAUAUGAUUUUUAAUAAAACCUAAAAAAAAGUUUUUAAUUACCUACAAAAAUCUGUGGUAUGUGUUAAAGAGAAAAUCAAUCAAGGACUGUAUGAUCAUAGCUUAGUAAAAAGUUAUCUAAAAAGAAAAAGAGAGGAUGUUUUUCGGAGGAUAUAGCUUAAACAGAAAAGACAAUAAAUUAGCGACUAUUAAAACUAGUCAUGCCUACAAUAUAACACAGUUUUAAUUCUCUAGUUGAAAUGGAAAAAACUCUCUAAAUAACUAAGAUACAAUAAACCUAAAACUCAUAAAUAAGUAUCUACACCUGACAGAAGGGAGACUUAAAAUAAGAAAUCAUAACGGUGGUUACCUGAAAAUCGAUUUAAGAAUUUGAAUACUCUUUAGAGUUCUAAACGAAAGUUAAAGGAUGUCAAGUUGAAUCAGAUUAGAUCAAAAUAAGAUUUCUUGGUUGUUGAGAAUUUUACUCCAUGA